AUGUCUGACUCUCAUUCUGACUCUGAUUCUGAGUCCAGUAAGCAGCCCCAGCUCAAUGAAGAUGAGGUUAAGGUCCUACGGUCUUACCUUGAGCAAUGGGACACAGCUGAACCAUCAGAGCGCAAGAAGAUCACGAAGGCAGCCUCAACUGAGGCCCGGACAAAAGCACCGGUCAUGUCAAUUAGACUUCUCAAAGAACGAAAAGUGGCAUACGAGACUUGGUUCAGGAAUCAUGGAUUGAAAAGGAAGCCGAAGAAACCCCCUAUCAAGAUUGGGCAAAAAUGGACUGAAAGGAGCGUGAUCGACACACUCCAGAAGAAGGAGCUGCUCAAAAAACUCCAAGAUGAAACUGGUGCGAAGCCGGGCACGAAAGACAUGAUCAAUCAUUAUACCAACCAGCUGAAUGAGCUUAUGGCAUCUCUUUCUCCAGAGGAGCUAGAAGAAGCCAAAGAAACAGCUCAUGCUUGGAACAAUCAGGGCGUUCCCGCCAAGGUUGAGGCGGACAUUGCGAGAAAGAAAGGCGAUGAUAUGAUUCAUCACUUCGCAUCCGAGAUGUGGAACUGGGCCGGAAUGAGGGUAUUUGUGGUGUCUGCCUGGAAAAAUGUGGAGGGUAAAAUCAAUGUGUCUGGACAUGACUACAACAAUGAAUAUGGCGGUGGUGAGUCUUUCAUGAAGACCCACAAAUGGGAUGUAAACCUGCCAGAAUGGGAUUCAUUCGCAGAGAAUGUAUUCGAUGGUAACGUCGAGGAUGAUGCUGGUUCGCGGAAGAAGGGUCGACAGGAUAACACCUACAUCCUGGACAUCAGCGAUAGCGGAUAUCCUAUUCUGCCCGUGUGCGAUUCGAUGGAUCUGGAUACUAAUAAAGCAGUCAUCAGAGCAUUUUUGACUUGGCAUUACCGGAGGUGUUGCGGAGACCAGAAGGCUUCUGUUCCGUGGAAAUACGUGAUACUGAGGCACACCGAAAUCAUUCCGGCAGAAUGUCUUCCUGUGGCAUUCAAUCUCGCCGAGCCAUCAAAAUUGAGACAGGUUCACGCUACAGAACUCCUACAGUUCUGGUACAACCGACAAGAGGAUGGCGAGGAGCACAUAUUAGAUUUUAUUGGAUGGUGGGACAAUGAUAAGCAGGAUAUGGUGGCGGCGGCUAAUGAUGCUGCAAGACCGACCAAACCCGCUACCAAAGUCAAGAAGCCAUCCGGGUUGACGGCAAGGAAGGCAUCACAAAAUGUUCCGGAGAGAGCAUCAUCCGGAAAAACCAAAUCCAAUGAGGCCACCAAGAAGGUUUCCGUUACCAAGCGACAUCACAAAGGGAAUAAGCGGAUCAUCGAACCCUCCGACGACGAGUCCGAUGAUCUCACAACUGUGAGCGAGCAAGACACUGACCAGUCCAAUGACUCGGAUGACGGUCAUCGCCGGCAAGGCAAUAAAUUGAAAAAGGAAAUCUGCCAUGCCAGAUCGAUCUCUAGCAGUGAUUCUGUUGUUGAGGUAGAGAGGCACAUCCCAGAGCAGGUCGGGGUGUCUGCAGAUGAUGGAAGAAGGCUUCAGAGCUUUAAACGGAAUGUUGGGAGUAUCACUAAAACCAAUGCCACGUCGGAAAACAAGUCAUCCGAAAAGCACGAUCCCGCCAGCGGUAUGAAACGUGUGGUUCCGGUGCACCGUCGUAUCGGGCCGGCAUCACGGGUGGCGGAUGGAAUAUCUGGUAAUGCUGACAAGAGGGAGUUGCCCACAAAUCCACCCAAAAAGACUCACCAUGGUAGGGCAACUAAGCAACAAGCCGAAGAAGAUAUUGAGAGGUUGCCUUCCAAGAAAUCCAGGCAUCCGGAUGCAGGUCAAGCUGAAAUGGCAACAAAUCCACCCCAAAGGAACGACCGUGGUAGGGCAACGAAGAGGCGAGCCAAAGAUGAUAUUGAGGGGUUGCCUUCCAAGAAAUCAAGACAUCCGGGCGCAGGUCAAGCUGAAACAGCAUCUCAAGUGCCGGUUCGGGUCGCGCGGAAGAAGAGGCAACCGCUCAUUCAAGAAGACGUGGAGGGUUCCCCAUCCAAGCGCACCAGGAGCAAGACCUCUCAGCAACCUUCGGACAAGCGAUGCCGGAAGCCAAACAGCAGAUAUCUCAAGGACUAUGUGAAGGCUUGA